AGCACGCAGAACAAAACAGCUUUAAAAACAGUGUUUAUUAAGAACUUCUUUUGAGAUACUAAAUGUUAACAAACCAGCACUGGUGUUAAGGGAACAUUUCAGGUACAAUCAGAAAAAAACAACAACAAAAAAAACUGGGCCUUGCACCUUUAUGUCAGUCCAGCAGGAAACUGGACUAUACCAUUGUGGUCAGAAAGAAAGGCCUCUCAUUCACCUGCUCGCAUAUUUACAAUAGUUAUGAUGUUUAAUUACUGUUGAUCAAUUUGUUUGGGUAUGUAUUUGUCUUUCAUUGCUGUUUUGCCUUUUCACUUCAAGACCAGGAUUAAUGUUUUGUUUAGAAGCAUAGAUCAUUUUCUCCCUUUCUUCAUAAAUUGCAAAUUACCCCAGGAUUCUUGUUUCUUUCAUUUACUUUUUUUUUAAUUCAUUAAAGUAUGAAGUCAUUUAGCCGCUAAAAUAAACCCAGCUGUAGUUCAGUGCAUGAACUGGACAUUUUCCACAUUUGACAACAGAAAGUGUCUAAAUAUUUCCUUAUUUACUGUGAACAAUAAAAAUAUAUUGUUUUAUAUAUGUAUUUAUUGGCAAAUGUUUUGCUUUAAAAGUGUGCUUGUGGUGUCUUUACAAGAAAUGUCACUUGGUUUAAUAUUUUUUUAUCUAAUGCAGUGACUUUUUAAGUGUCUAAAUUCUUUUUUAGGGUCACUUUAUUAACAGGACUGCCAUGCAUUACAUAUAUAUAAAUUAAGAUUGGGUUAAACCCAGGUGUAGUUCAUUGCAUGAACUUUUCCCACUAAUUUUGACAACAAAAAGUGUCUAAAUAUUUUCCAUAUUCAUUUUGAACAAUAUUUAUAUUGUUUUAUUAUUUAAACCAAACAAAAUGUCUUUUGGGAAAAUGAUUUACACUAAAGGAGUGCUUAUUUAGUCUGUCUUUACAAUAAAUUAUUUAAUAUUUUUUUUUAUCUAAUGCAAUGACUUUUUAAAUGUCCAAAUACUUUUUGGGGUCACUUUAUGUUAACAGGAUUUCUAUGUAUUAUGAUAUAUUUUAUGCCACUACACUGUGUGUAGACAUUCUGCAAAUACCGAAACAGUUGGAAUUUUGCUUAAUUGCAAGACAAUAUCUAAACACUAGAGGACGCUAUUCAUCACAAAACUGACUGGUGCUGCUUCUCUCCUAGAACUGAAAGUACAGGCACACGCAUUGCCCUGGACAUUUGUUUUAUAUAUUUCCUGUCUCAUGUCACCGUGUGACUUCAGAGGUUUUCUUUCUAUUACUGUUCUCGGGUUUAGUGACUUUAUCAAGUGAACAGCGCGCUGAUUGACAGGUAUCAAUCAUGAUAACACUUCAGCACCACGGACAGCGCUCCGCUUACCUUAAACGACACCAGACCAGACCAACUGCAUCAACUGCCACCACAGACUGUGUUAAGACUGAUGUAGUGCCGAUGUAAAUACUGUACUAGGCGUACAUCCACUAAAUUUUACCAUGGGAUCCGUGUUAAAAGUAAUUGCAAAAAUUGCUUAAGUCAAAAUAGUUCUAGUUUGAAUGUGAUUUUUAAAAAAAUGUUGAAUUAAUUAUUUGAUAUUUGUUGAAUUAAUAAAAUGAAAACAACAGCCCUUCUCAGAUAGCGAUACAUUUUAAUCGUUAACUGUCUGUUUCAUGAGAUCCAGCUGCUGGUCUCUAGUGUAAAAGCUAACCUUUUUAUUGAUAUCAAUCUGUAGCAAACUAUUUUUAGUAGGCCUAUUGCAAAAACAUAUUUUUUUAGUAUUGCUAUAGAUAACAAAUAAUUGUAUGUUAUUUAGAAAGUAUACAUCUAUUUAACUGUUGCCGAAGUCAUCGAGCUAACAGCUGAUUGGCCAGCGUUAGCGAACGUUCCAAGAUGACGUGGUCCUUCAGUGUAGACAGCCUCAAGCCGUUGCGGCGCGACGCGUCGCGAGGCGUCAUCGGCCGCUUCCAGUGUAGACUCGGUGACAGAAUCGCACCACUCUCCAGACGGACCCACCGUUGCUGUCACCGGAGGUUCCCAUUAUACUCCCCCCUUCACCUCCCCCCCAAAACAAGAACGCACUAGACAAGACGACUACGUGCUCCGCCGCGAUCUCCACAAUAGACUGGAUGCGUCCGUAAAUAUGCUGUUAUUUAUUCAAGAAUAAUAUUUCGAUGAAGCGUCUUGGGUUGUUUUCGGCCUGCACGACCGCGAUUUUCAGAUCGUAGGAUCCGUGUUUAUUAGGGUGUCUUUUCUUCGACAAAGAAUGGAUUACCCAGCAUCUGCUUUGAAGAAUGAAGAAUCGUGAACAAAACGAUGUCUUGGAUCUCCAAACGGCUAGAGGUAUGGUCAUAUAAAAGACUCGACUGAUUGGUAACGGCUGAUAUUUUGUACAUCAAAUUGGGGGACCAGGACUGCUUAAUGUCGGAUUACAAAGCCCAGGCUGGGUUGUGCUUGCACAGAUGGCGAACACAAGUGAUCCAGGGGGAAGCAACCCCUCGCUCCAGAAUUAUGCCAUCACUGCGUCUGCGGUCAAACUGGCGUCUUUGGGGCUCAUCACCUGCAUCAGCCUGCUCGGGAAUACCGUGCUCUCCGUGCUGGUGCUGAAAGACAGCUCGCUCCACAAGGCUCCAUAUUACUUCCUCCUCGACCUGUGCGUGGCAGACAUCAUCCGCUCGGCUGUGUGCUUCCCGUUCGUGAUGAUCUCCAUCAACAGCGGCUCCGUAUGGAGCUACAGCAUCAUCAGCUGCAAGAUCAUCGCGUUCAUGGCCGUCUUGUUCUGCUUCCACAUCGCCUUUCUCCUGUUCUGCGUCAGCGUAACGCGCUAUAUGGCCAUCGCGCACCACCGGUUCUACUCCAAACGCAUGACGCUAUGGACAUGCGUCGCGGUGAUAUGUAUGGUGUGGACGCUUUCAGUCGCCAUGGCAUUUCCACCCGUCUUCGACGUCGGGACCUACAAAUUUAUCCGCGAGGAAGAGCAGUGCAUAUUCGAGCACAGAUACGUGAAAGCCAACGACACGCUGGGCUUCAUGCUCAUGCUGGCUGUGAUUGUGGCCACGACGCACGUCGUCUAUGUCAAAAUGCUGUGUUUUGUUUACGACCACCGUAAAAUGAAACCCGCGCAGCUGGUUCCGGCUAUCAGUCAGAACUGGACCUUUCACGGACCUGGCGCGACGGGCCAGGCCGCUGCCAACUGGAUCGCGGGGUUUGGACGCGGUCCGACGCCGCCGACGUUAGUGGGCAUCAGACAAGCAGCGCACAACGCCAACCGGAGGCUGCUCGUGCUGGACGAGUUCAAGAUGGAGAAACGGAUAGGAAAGAUGUAUUACAUGAUAACGCUGGCGUUUCUGCUGUUCUGGGCGCCCUACAUUGUCUCGUGCUACAUCCGGGUGUUUGUGAAGGGAAACGCGCUUCCUCAGGUGUACCUGACCGCGGCCGUGUGGUUGACGUUCGCCCAAGCGGGGGCGAAUCCCAUCAUAUGUUUCAUAUUCAAUAAGGAGUUGAGAAUGAGAUUCCGAGCCUGUUUGCCGUGUUGCCUGACUACACAAACACCCAUGGAGCCCUACUGUGUGAUUUGAAGGGUUCUAUUCACUUGUUUUCACCGGUUCUGCCUGCUUGUCAACAUAACCUUACGAAAAUUUACCAUGGUUUUGUCAUAGUAAAACUGUUUUUUUUUUUUUUUUUUUUUGGCGUAUAGCCACAACAAAACCAUAUUUAAACUAUGGUUUUUGUAGCAAAGCCAUGGUUAGUUCGUGGUUAUCAUGGAAUAACGCUAAGAACCAUGUUUUAUUCGUAGUAAAACCAUGGUUAAUUUAGUAAGAGACAAUGGCCUCAAAAAGUAGAAGAGACUGGGGAGUGUUUAUUCUCUAUAUUUGGAUUAGAAUAUCCCCAUAUUUGUCGUCUUCUUCCUAAACAGUAUAAAUUCAUGUCGAGUAUAAAGAGUGCUGCUUUAACAAGCCAUUCUUCUAAUGGGGAUGGGUGUAACAUUAAUAGAAAUAAUGUAUGUUUUAACUUUUGUGCAUUACUUUCUUGUGGUAGGCCUAAUCAGCCACCCCCAUCACUAACUGCCAAAUCCAUUUCAAUACAAAAAGGGAAACAUAAUUGAAAUAUUUUGAAAACAUAAUACAUUUCACAUAAAUGACUCUUCUGUCAUUUAACAUCCAUGAUCAAUUUGUAAUGCAGAAAUUGUUUUGCCUUAAAUAGGGAUUUCACCCUGUAGCUCAUUUCUGAUUGGUUAAACUCACUCUCUGUUAAAACACUCCCCAAUCUCCCCUAUAAUGUGCUUUCUUUUUUUCUUUUUUUUAAAUGAAUGCCACUUGAUAUUUUGUUAUCUAAUGCAAUGACAUGUCCUGAUACUUUUUGUGGCCACUGUAGCAUGUGAUCUUUCCUUUCAGUAAGAGGUGAAAAAGACCAACAUUGCAUAUCAGAAGAUCCAUAUCCACAUUUAUGCAAUCCACAUAUCGAUGUAAAUAAUGUAAAAAGAUGAAUUAUUUAUAUUCUGGAGCUCUUUAUAACUGAUAUGUAAUAUAUUUGCUAUGAAUUUUUGUGUGAACAAAAUGGCCAGUGGCUUUUUACAAUCACAUGGACUAAAUGUGAAUAAACCAAGUCCCUCUCACAGUCCCUUUCAAUACUGGAAAAUUGUUUUCAGUGGACACGAGCGAAUUUGGCUGAAGGGUCAGUGUUGAGGAGACCAUGAUUUGUAUUUUAAUUAAAAUAAAUGAUUAUAAAUGUAUAAACUGUGUUGGUGUGCUAAAGCAAUACAUGAUUCAAAUGUGAGGACAAGUGCAAGUGCAAGCGAAGGCAUUAAAAAAAGGGGAUUUUGUUGCCAUGUCAGACUAAACUGAUUCUGAAAAACAUGUGGUUUUUGUACAUAUUGUGCUAAGCCUCCAUCUCAUUAGAUGUUGUGAGGAAAAACCCCAGCCGUAAUGUGAUGUUUCAGACACACUCAUCCAGGGAGAAAUUUUUGGCUGCGUUUCCAUCCCCCACCCUUCCUACAGACAGUUAUAUAAUACAGAGCCCUUUUUUCCUGAACCUCCCCUCAGCACAACUCCAGCGCUACAUUUGUGUGAUC